GUGUUUUCUUCUAGUGCUCUGUAUUCUGACUGAACGUGCCUACCAUGUGUCUGAUUGGAGUGAUGCUGGGCAACUACUGCAAAAACACAAAGACUGAACAUGACAGUUCUCACUUCCCUCAGAAACCUAGUUCUAGCGCUCAUGUGAAGUCAAGUUCUUCUGUUUCCUUGAGAAAACCUACUGCUCUUGUGGAAAACAGCAUUUGGCCAUCAUCUGUAAAAAAAGCACAUCCUAAGGAACCCAUUGUUUCCUUUGCUUCUGAGAAGUCCAUCUCCCUUUCUGUGAAGAAACCCAGUUUUUCUCUCCCAUCUGAAAAGUCAAGCUCUAAACCUGAUAAAUCUAAUGCUCCUAACCAAUCAAGUUAUUCCCACCCCUCUAAGAAGUCUGGCUCUAAACCUGAGAGACCCAGUGCUCUUACUGAACACAGAUCUAAGCUAGGGACCCCAAGUUCUCCUCUCCCUGUGAAAUCAAGUGUUUUCUUCUCGAAAACCAGUUCUGAUCCUAAAAAACCUGGGGCUCUGAUGGUACUCACUUUUUCACUUCCAUCUAGAAAGUCGAGCUCUAAACCUAAUGCUCAUAUGCAACAACAUUCUAAGCCAGAGACCCCAAUUUCACUUCUCCCAGUAAAAGCAAGUAUUCUCUUAAAGCCUAGUUCUAAACCUAGUGCUUUUUUGAAACCCAGUUCGUCUCUCCAAUCUGAGAAGUCUAGCUCUCUCCCCACUGAGAAACCCAGUUCUAAACCUGAACAACCUAGUGCUCCCAUGGAACCCAGUUUCUCAUUCCCUACUAGUGCUCCCAUGGAACCCAGUUCCUCCAUACCCACUGAGAAACCCAGUUCUAAACCCGAACAUCCUAGUGCUCCCAUGAAGCCCAGUUCCUCCCUACCCACUGAAAAACCCAGUUCUAAACCCGAACAACCUAGUGCUCCCAUGGAACCCAGUUUCUCAUUCCGUACUAGUGCUCCCAUGGAACCCAGUUCCUCCCUACCCACUGAGAAACCCAGUUCUAAACCCGAACAAUCUAGUGCUCCCAUGGAACCCAGUUCCUCCCUACCCUCUGAGAAACCCAGUUCUAAACCCACACAUCCUAGUGCUCCCAUGGAACCCAGUUUCUCAUUCCCUACUAGUGCUCCCAUGGAACCCAGUUCCUCCCUACCCACUGAAAAACCCAGUUCUAAACCCGAACAACCUAGUGCUCCCAUGGAACCCAGUUUCUUAUUCCCUACUAGUGCUCACAUGGAACCCAGUUUCUCAUUCCCUACUAGUGCUCACAUGGAACCCAGUUUCUCAUUCCCUACUAGUGCUCCCAUGGAACCCAGUUCCUCCCUACCCACUGAGAAACCCUGUUCUAAACCCGAACAACCUAGUGCUCCCAUGGAACCCAGUUUCUCAUUCCGUACUAGUGCUCCCAUGGAACCCACUUCCUCCCUACCCAAUGAGAAACCCAGUUCUAAACCCGAACAACCUAGUGCUCCCAUGGAACCCAGUUCCUCCCUACCCACUGAAAAACCCAGUUCUAAACCCGAACAACCUAGUGCUCCCAUGGAACCCAGUUUCUUAUUCCCUACUAGUGCUCCCAUGGAACCCAGUUUCUUAUUCCCUACUAGUGCUCCCAUGGAACCCAGCUCCUCAUUCCUUACUAGUGCUUCCAUGGAACCUAGUUCCUCCCUACCCACUGAAAUACCCAGUUCUAAACCCGAACAACCUAGUGCUCCCAUGGAACCCAAUUUCUUAUUCCCUACUAGUGCUCCCAUGGAACCCAGUUCCUCCCUACCCACUGAAAAACCCAGUUCUAAACCCGAACAACCUAGUGCUCCCAUGGAACCCAGUUUCUCAUUCCCUACUAGUGCUCCCAUGGAACCCAGUUCCUCCCUACCCACUGAAAAACCAAGUUCUAAACCCGAACAACCUAGUGCUCCCAUGGAACCCAGUUUCUCAUUCCCUACUAGUGCUCCCAUGGAACUCAAUUUCUUAUUCCCUACUAGUGCUCCCAUGGAACCCAAUUUCUUAUUUCCUACUAGUGCUCCUGUGGAACCCAGUUCCUCCCUACCCACUGAAAAACCCAAUUCUAAACCAGAACAACCUAGUGCUCCCAUGGAACCCAGUUCCUCAUUUCCUACUAGGGCUCCAAUGGAACCCAGUUCCUCCCUACCCACUGAGAAACCCAGUUCUUCUAUCCCCACUGAAUUCUAGCUCUGUUCCCACAGAGAAACCCAGUUCUAAAGCCAAACAUCCUAGUACUCAUUUUUAGCCAGGUUAUCCCAUACCAUCUUAGAAGUCCAGCGUUUAAAUCUGCAAAACUUGGCAUUGUAAUGGAAUCUAGUUCAUCCCUCCCAUCCAAGAUGUUGAGCUCUCUUCCCUCUGAGAAACCGUUAGAAACCUGAGAAGCUAGUGAUGCUAUACAAUCCAGUUCUUCUCCCUCUCGUUAGAAGUCCAGCAUUAAACCUGUGAAAACAUUUUAAAUGUUGGUCUCUUCCCUCUAAAAACUUGACCUCUUAAUGUAAUGACUGGUGUGUGGUCC